GUCAACACGACACACUUCUGUCAGAGUCGUCGCACAUCGUUUCAGUGAAAGUGCCAACAUCAGAGUUGAAGUUUUUCUCAUUUUCCAGCAAAUUUAGCCCGGAAAAAUGGUCGAAUCCAAGUCGAGCAAGCCGGAAGCCAACAAGGAGAACGCGGACCCCGCAAAGGAGAUGGAGGUCGAUGAAGAGGAGGAGGAGGACGAGACCGCACCGUCGAAGGUGUUCACCAUCGAAAUUUUGCGGGUGAUCAAGGAUUUGCAGUUGCAGCAUGGUCUGCGCCACGGGGACUACCAGCGGUACCGCGGUUACUGCUCGCGGCGUGUCAAGCGGCUGCGCAAGACGCUGAAUCUGCCCCAGGGCGAUAAGCGGCACUUUAAGAAACGCGACGUGACGCUGGCCAAUCUGGAGCGGGAGAACUCGGACGAGCGGUUCAUCCACAUCCCGCUGAUGUUGGCCGAGCGGGCUUGGGCGUACGCGAUGCAGCUGCGCCAGGAGUCGAACACGGAACCCAGAAAGCGGUUCCAUUUGGUUGGGAAGAUGCGCAAGGCCACGGUUUAUGCGCUGCAGCUGCAGGAACUGUGCAACUCGGAGUAUUGCGAUGCGCGGACCAAGCUGGAGGCGGAAGCGUACUCGGCCUGGAUUCAUGGAUCGUUGCAUUUUGAGCUGUCGCUGUGGAAGCAGGCUGCGGAGAACUUGAAGAAGGCGCAGAUGAUUUACGAGAAUCUUGCCCAAGCACUGCCGGAGGAGGAACAGGCCGUUUAUAAGGCAAAGGUUGAUGAGUUGACGCCGAGUCUGCGCUACUGUGCGUACAAUGUGGGCGAAAAGGGUGCGAUCAAUUUGCUGGAGAUGCGUGGACAGGGAAUGAUGGAUAAUUUGAGCGCGCUGGUUGCGCAGACCAAAACCGAAAGCAUGGAAGCGUUCCAAACGACGGAGUGGCGCGGACGUAAGGUCACUGUACGGCCGGAGAAGGUUCGAUUGUUCUUGCUUAGCAUUCAGGAUUUGGCCAACAGUAUUGAAAAGGCAAAAGACUAUCCGGCCAAGAUUGAACUGCUGGAGAAUGUGCUGUUGGACUGUAAGGAUGCCAUUUCGGCGAUUAAAGAUGAGAUAAAACAGGACCCGAAGUUGCGUUCGAGCAGCGACAGUGGAACCAUGACGGCCACGCAGUACCUGCUGACGUAUCUUUCGUACACCCGAUUAAAAUUGACUCUUGAGAGAAAUUUGUUCAUGGUUGCGCAGGGAAAGCUAAGUUUGGACGAUCCAAACGCACCGGAAAAGGUGCAGAUCGAGGGUAAGAAAACGAAACCUCAAGAUUUGUCCCGUUUGUAUGAAAUCAUCCUUCAGAACGUAACAGAAAUGCAGCAGCUCCCGGGCAUGGAAUCGGACGCCCAGUACCAAGCGGAAAUUGAAAAUUUGGCCCUUUCCUUCAAGUCAUUCCGUUGCUAUUACAUCGCCAUCACGCUGGUUGCGCUGAAGCGUUGGCGUGACGCCGUGGCCAUGUACGAACGCUCUACCAAGUAUGCGUCCCAAGCGACCGCAUCGAAGAAAUCCGUUUGCGCUGAUUUCGACCUGCAAGACGAGCUGAAACGCCUCAUCCAAACCAUCGAGGGCUGCAAGUUCUCCGCGCACGCAAACAGCGUCCUCGAGGAGGACACCACCGAGGAGUCGGUUCUCUACGGCAAAAGCACGAAAUCCUCCAAGCCGCUGUUCGAACGCCUGUCCGUGUACAAGGAGGACUCCUCGUUGAACUCGCGCAACCCGAACGUGUUCAAGCUAACGCCGGAGAUGCAACCGAUUCCGGCCAAGCCGCUGUUCUUCGACCUGGCGCUCAACUUUGUCGAGUUUCCCUCGUUGGACGAUAAGGUCGAGCAGAAGGGUGGGGCGAAGCAGACGGCCGGAAUGUCCGGAUUCGUUAAGGGCCUGUUCGGUUGGGGUGGCAGCGGUGGAAAGUAAAGGGGGAGUUUGGGAGUGUGUGUUUAUUUUUUCGAUCAGGUUUGCACGAUUAUGAACUUUUGAUUGGUACUACUUCUACUCUGCGGAGUGAUGUAAGAGUAAUAUAACUGUAUAACAAAACAUGUGUAAGAAAACAUUUGAUUUUUUCAAUAAAGUUAUCCAUAAACCA